CUUCCAGUCUAUAGCCACUCCUCGCCGAUCUCAUUUUCGGUCCGAACGCAGGUGGAAAGCCUGCAAGCCAACCUGUUCCCACAAAGAAAGUAGAUGAUAAGCCUUGCAAAGAAGGCAACCCCAAUGAUGAUCCUGAGGAGCUUGGCUCUACGGAGCCCUUGCACUCAGGAGGCUGAGCAGCACUUUCUGGCUCUGCUAGGAAUUCACACCGGCUGUUCGAGGUUUAGCCUGAUUAGUUGCCGAACGUUUUAAAGGAGUUCAAUGUCAUGAAGGCACGUCUUGCUUACUACAUUUCGCUUAGCAGGGUGACUUGGGAGGCAGCGUGG